GAUCGUGUCAACAUCAGCUGUUGUUUCGCUCAUGCGGAAAUGACAGUAGCGAAGAUGUGCGCGUUUUGUGAAUCCUCUACAACGUGACUGAAAAUGCGAGACAUCGACGAGUUCCAAGACACGUGUUUUUUUUAAGUGAAAUAUGAACGGGAGUCUUGCAAUAUUGCGUGGCCCUGAGCAACAUCCAGCCAGGUUCGCGGAUUAUUUUGUCAUCUGCGGACUCGACAAGGACUCGGGUCUCGAGCCUGACAAGUAUUUCGGAGACUCUUUACAUAGCACACCAUUGGAUCGAGCAUACAAAAGCAAAGUUCUGGGUCAUUAUCCGGAUUCUGUGCCAUGGAAUCUAUUCGACGAGCAUGCUGUCUGCAUGUUGUGCUUACCCAGUGGCCUCAGGUUUCGUACCCAAAAGCAUUCAGUGGAGCCAACAUUUCACUCCUUCGUUCUUACCAAAGAAGACGGACACAGAACAUAUGGUUUCAGUCUUGUCUUCUACGAAGAAUGCCGGAAUCGGAACAUUUGCGCUGCUAUGCAAACUUUACAGGCAAUGCACAUCACGGAACUAAGUAGUGGUCAAAAUGACACACCCAAUUGCAGUGAGAAUGAGGAGAUUGAGAGUUUUCUUUUUAGUCAGAGAAAAGGUCAAGAAAGUCACAAUACAAGGUCACUGCCAAGGCACUUUAAACUAUCGGCUCACUCGCCUGGUACAGCGUUAGCAUAUUAUGACUCGACAAAAGAUAAAUUAUUAGUAACAAAAUCAAUAUCAUUGCUGUGCCAACAACCUUAUCUUCAUGCAGCACGAACCUUUCUGACGAAUCUUUACAAAUGUGUACCUAGACAUCCAGGUCCUGGAUUAAGUUUGGAGUCCUACGUCUACAAUCUCCUCUACAACGUCCCUGUACCUCUUCCUGGGAAAUCAUUAAAAUUUUUCGUUCCUAAUGAUGAACCAGCAAAAUCGCCUUUGGAUUUGGUGAUAUACCAACCGUCUCUUGCCCAUGAGCUAACGCUCCUGGAUUAUGCUAUUAAGGACAUGUUUGCGUGGCUAGGGGUCGAUUGUGUAAUUCAAUUAUUCACCUGUGUUCUUCUGGAAAAUCAGGUUCUACUGAGGAGUUCUGAUUUUCACAAACUAAUGGUUGUCUCCGAGUGCAUCACUACUCUCCUUUUUCCCUUUUCUUGGCAGCACGUCUACGUUCCUAUUUUGCCUGCCAGUCUUUAUCAUUUUUUAGAUGCUCCUGUGCCCUUCAUUAUGGGAUUACAUGCACAGAGUGAAGGCGGAAUUUUAAAAAUUGCAAGCGAGGCAAAUCUGUGUUACGUGGAUAUUGAUAAACAAACGAGUCAAUUUCCAGAGGAAUUGCCCGUUUUCCCACAUAAAAUGCAAUUUAUCACUGAGAUUCGAUCGCUUUUAAACAAGUACAAAGUACCUCAUUCGGAAAAGACUGAUGCGAUGGUUAUGAAUUAUCUUAAUGGUGAUAUCAUGACAAGUAGUUUAACGCUUCCUGGUUCUGGAUUUCAUCUUCCUCGAAGAAAAUUCUCGUUACACGACGUUCUCGAUUGGGACAGACCUGAACCUCCAGUCCAAUCAGACGCUUUGCAAAGAAUUGUCGAUAUCGUCAGACGGACAGGUGUUACUUUGAAUGAUAUCGAAGCCGUCGAAAACACGACGACCAAGAAAGUACUCACACCUGUAGAGGAAUAUCAAGAAACGCUCAUUUUCAAUAACGCGAUUAGGGAGAUUUUUAUGAACCGUUUUGUGCAACUUUUUUCGAGUUACGAGCACUUUGUCAUCCAACCAAAUCAAGAUAAGGAUGAGUGGUUGAAUAAUAGAGACAGUAUGCACGUUUUCGAUAAGGCGACUUUUUUAUCGGAUCAACCUGCUCAACAUUUGCCCUUUUUGUCAAGAUUCCUUGAAACUCAGAUGUUUGCAUCACUGGUUGAUUGUAAAGUGAUGUCAACUUGGAAUGAAUUGGACUACAGCAUCAGACUCUUCGAUCACAGAAUUUCUCAAUUAAAGAAAAGGGUUGGCGAAGGAAUAAUUAGAUCACCGCGAUACGAAGCCUGCACAAACGUAAUGGAAACACAAACUUCGUUGGAACAAAGGCUGAAUAAUGUGGACUUCGAAGCGAGUCCUCCGACUGAAAUCGUUCCACACAGAGCUGCUUACUUUAGAAGUUUUCCUCUCCUCGAUAGAACGGCUCUUAACAAAGAACCCGCUCAAAGCAGUAGACGAGGACAAACUCAGUGGAAAUACAAGAUGAAAGGGCUCGAGUCAAAUGGGAAAGCAACAACACCCCAAGAAACUCAAUCACCGAGGCCUCAAACAAAAUUCUCUGCGGACAUGAGUCCGGCACUCAUUGCCCAAACGAAUUGGACUUUCGUUGAAACUUUGCUGAAGGACUGUAAAUCGAAAACGAAGCGAAUGUUGGUUGAAAAAAUGGGAUCAGAGGCUGUGGCUUUGGGCCACGGUGGCGAGUCUCUCUCCGAUGUAGAAGAAAACACUUUAGUUGCAAGUCUGUGUGACUUACUUGAGCGAGUCUGGAGCCACGGAUUGCAAAAUAAACAGGGCAAAAGUGCUCUUUGGUCACACCUCAUUAUGUACCAGGAGUUAGACGAGUGUAACGACACAUCCAAAGCAGUCGAUGCGAAUUUCCUUACUCCAGCUAAGAAAGCCUCCACUAACUAUUUUGGGUUGACGGAUCGUAUCGUUUCUACCUUAAAGGAGAAAAAAAUUUAUAAAAUUGCUUCGUAUAUCAAGAACAAUUUCAAUGACUUAUCGAAUCUGGCCUUGGAAACGGACGUUUCGCCAACGAGGGGAACCGAGAGGAGCAGAACUCCAAGUGAAAGAAAAUCGAUUGGUCCCGAGCAGUUGAGACCGCUUCCUGAGUCCUUGAUCUUCGAUAUUCGGAACGUCCAGGCGUUGACUGACAUAAAAACUCACAUCGGGUACGCCAGAGCCUGGGUGCGACUUGCUCUCGAAAAGAAAUUACUUUCUCGACAUUUAAAGGCACUUUUGGCCGAUACUGGAUUAUUGAGGAGUCAGUAUAAAAGAUCUGCAUUUCUACGUUGUGAAGAGGAAAAAGAACAGUUUCUCUAUCAUCUCUUAACUCUCAACGCUGUAGAUUACUUCUGUUUCACAAACAAUUAUCCAUCCACAAAAUUACCAUAUAGGGUGGUAAUUUUUCCAAGCAGAAAAGCAAGCGCGGCGACAACUUCGGCCAACAGUUGGAUUGCCAUUUCUGGUACUCUCUGUGAAACAAAACCCGUUCCCAUUCCAAAAGGAGGACUCGAAUUUGUGUUUCAUCAUAAAAAUAUAGGGGUGCUCUCAACUUUACGGAUAGGUCACGAUAAUACGGGAAUAUCGCCCAAAUGGAUGGUGGAACAUGUAGUAGUUCGAAACGAAGUUACGGGUCACACUUUUAAAUUUCCCUGUGGUCGAUGGCUUGGCAGGGGAAUAGAUGACGGCUCAACAGAAAGAUUGUUGGUGGGAGCUCUUGUGCCCAAAAGUAUCGACAGUGAGGAACUAGUAGAAUCAUGUUCAACACCGCCAAGGUGCAGAUCACCCAGCAUUCCAAGGAGACCGACCUUCUCUCAAAACGAACUUCAGCAUUUGCUCGGUGAGGCUGUCAACGCGAUAGUGAAAUUCCACUAUAAAAGAGAUUCACAGGAUGGAUCUUUGACGGCCUUACUUUGUGGGGAAGGUGGUCUUGUUCCUUCUUUAGAGCAAAUCUUUCUCUUUGGAUUUAAAAACCAGAGAAUAUUCGGCCGAAACUUCUUUGUUUGGGACUAUUUCUUGCGAGUGAAAGAAAAUUUUGAAAUGUCUUUACUAGAAGAAAUGGAUCAAUACUCGCGGAGGCUUCACAGAGACAGAAGGGCACAACUAGAAAGUAGUCAGAGGUUCACGAUUUUACGCUGUUAUUGUCACUUGAUCGAUCAGAUAAACACUUUCAGUCAGACUCUUGGAAAAGACGGAAAAUUUCAGUUGUUCGUCUGCCUCUCUGCCAGAGAACAACUUCUGCAUCCGAUGCUUCGGCCGAUGAGCGAAGCGCGAAGCACACUGGAAAUGUAUGAGGAGAUAUCAUUCCUCAGAAAUUCAACGUUGCUCACUUUCCUUAUCCAGAUUCUUGAACCGCUCAGCGAAUUCCACAUCGUUCUCGAAAAAAGUCUCACCCAUGGGAUUUCCAGUCUCUGCUAAUGCGAAAAACUUCCGACAUCUUCUGAGGCUAAUUUUCCAAGGCAGUACAACAAUAGCUUUAACGAUGAUAGAACUAGAUUAGUAGGGGAAGUACAUUUUUUGUAAAUAAUUUCGUUCUAAAAUUUGAAAGACGUGAACAUUCAAAUUUUAAGACGCUAAAAGUUGAUUUGCCUCUGAGUCUUAAGAUAUUACCAAAGAUAUUACCCUUUACUUUCCGUUAUCGCGUGAUCGAUAUUACCGUACUCGUUUAUACUCAUUUUUACCGUUGUUGAUCUGUUUUAUACGUAAGUGAGAAUCAUGACAAACUUUUUGUUUUCAGUUAGUUUCCGUGUAUCGUUCAUGUAUAUAGUGUAGCUAGCGAAUUGUAAUUUUAGAUUUUAGAUUGCCAGUUCUUGCCAAUUUCCUCAAAGUAUCACUUCUUGAAACUUUUUCUCAAUUUCAGAUUGAGUUUUAUUAAUAUUUAGAUUGUUAGGCUCUUCGCGUUUAAAGAUUCUGGGAAAGUUGAUUGGUAUAAAGAUACUUUAAAUUUCAUUCCAAAUUUGAAUCCGUUUUUAAUUAGAUUCUUCGUUCUCAAGUACUUCGUUUUUAGAAUUAGUAAGAAGACACUUUCAUCCUUCUUUAUUCGGGGUUUGUUGGUUAUUUGUAACUGCAUUUUAUUGUCCCUAAUGCUGUGAAAAUGAGAGUACGGAUAUUGUACAUAUGAUACGUCCAAAUGCACAAUAAGAGGUAGAAUUUACUUAUCGAUUUAGGGUCAUAAACCAAUGAUGGACCAAAUGAAAAAGAGAUUUGGUGAAACGUAGUGAUUUUGACACAUUUUAGCUCUCUAGAGUCUAUUACAUCGUGCAACACAAAUAUUAAUCGAUGUUGCUGCUCAGAAUUUUCAUUCACCAUUAGAUGAAGUCUACUUUUACAAGCUCAUCUAUUCUUCGUUUAAAGAUUUUAUCCAAAAAAAUGGUACAGUCAAGCGCCCUCAAAAAUAUCGACAAGAUCAGUUUCUUACAAUACUAAGUUCUUAUUUACUUUUUACCAAAUUUUCACAACUUAUAUAGAAUUUUUUCAGAAAUUUCUUACAGAUAUUUUUGAUAAAAGAAAAAUAAAACCAAAUGUCUGAAAAGUUUACGUUUUAAAUUUGACUACAAAGUUUAAAAAUUAUUAGUACGUUCUACAUAAUAAUGAGAACAACAAAUAAAUAUUACCUUCUUCUUAAUUUUAUAUUUUUGACCGAAUAUUUUAAGAGACUUACGAA